AUGGCAUUCUUCGCCCCAUUAUUAGCCUUUUACAAAAAAUACAACAUCUUUGAAGAAACCAAAGAGUGCACAAAGGAGAAGGUGGACAAAAUGUGCCAGUGUAAUUUAGUCACCGCAGAGGAGUUAUAUUAUCAUAGUCAAGACUCACCAAAUGGAGAAGCCUAUCUUGAUGGAAAAAAUAAUUACAAAACAGUUGUGGAUGAUCCUGAAAGCAACACUAGUGAUGACGAGACGACGAACAAGUGCAAUUUAAAUAGUGAGGAAAUGAUUAAAGAAGAACUCGAGUCACUAAGUCAGGGAAAGUCCCCACCAAGCAGCGCGUGUUCUAUACACUCCUUUCUAGAAGACGCAGGAGAAGAGUUGUUUAAAAAUUCAAGUACCUACUAG